AUGAGCGACAGUGAUAGCAUCAAAGCCAAAGACACGGAAUUCUCCAACGAUGAAAAGAAAGCAAUACCUACAGUUUUCAAAUCUACUUCUAAGUCAAUUGGGGUGAGAAAGGCUGAGAUUAUGAUGGAACAGUAUCAAAGUCCUGCCUUGAAGGUCCUUCUCUUUGUAAGUAUCUUCAUUAUGUCCUACACUUAUGGGGUUGAUGGAACACUCAGAUACACAUUCCAAGCAUAUGCAACUGCUUCCUACGGUCAGCACUCACUUAUUGCAACCGUUGGGGUCAUUCGUGCAGUGAUUGCUUCUGCAUGUCAGCCAACAUAUGCCCGUUUAUCGGACAGAUUUGGUAGAAUUGAACUUUUUGUGGUUUCUAUAAUCUUCCACGCAUUGGGAACUGUAAUCGAAUCCCAAGCUUACGACGUUCAAAGAUUUGCGGGUGGUGCCGUUUUGUAUCAGCUCGGAUCCUCUGGAGCAACUGUUAUGAUUCAAGUCAUUUUAGCUGAUUUUUCCACCUUAAAUUGGAGAAUGGUUUGUUCUUUUGUUCCCGCCUUGCCAUUUAUUAUCAAUACUUGGGUAUCAGGUGAUAUUUUGGACUCCUUGUAUCCAAAAUACCUGUGGAACUUUUGUAUCGGUAUGUGGGCAUUCAUAUUUCCUUUGGCAUGUAUCCCAUUGCUUGGGUGCUUAUUUCACAUGAGAAUCCUUGCUGCAAGAACUGAAGAGUGGAAGGUUGUUGUUGAGGAUGAAAAAAGGGCACACCCUACAAAAUGGGCUUCUUGGAAGAAAAAUAUCCUUGUCGAUUUAUUUUGGGAGAUUGAUGUAGCUGGUAUUUUGUUCCUCAUUUGUAUCUUAGGGUUCAUUUUGGUUCCAUUCACUCUUGCCUCGGGUGUCACCGAUAAAUGGAAGCAAGCCUCGACUAUUGCUCCGCUUGUUAUUGGUUUUGUUCUUAUUUCCCCAUUCAUUGUAUGGGAAAAAAAGUACGCCCGUUUCCCAAUUACUCCAUUUGCCUUGCUCAAAGAUCGUGGUGUGUGGUCAGCUCUCCUUAUUGGUAUUUUAAUUGACUGGGUCUGGUAUAUGCCAAAUGAUUUCAUGUACACUGUUUUGAUGGUGGCCAUGAAUCAAUCCCAAAAGGCGGCAAUGAGAAUCACGUCCUUAUAUUCUUUUGUUUCUGUGAUCGUUGGACCUCUUGUUGGACUUGUUAUUGUGAAGUUCAGAAGAACUAAAGGGUUUAUCAUGUUCGGUGGGUGUUGCUGGAUUAUUUCACUUGGUCUUCUCGUUCACUUUAGAGGUGACAACGAUGGUAUUCAAUCUGAAAAGUUUGUUAAUGGGGUCAUUGGCUCUCUCUGUUUGUUGGGGUUCGGUGCUGGGUUCUUCACUUACACCACACAAGUUUCCAUCGCAACAUGUACCAAUCAUGAGCAUAUGGCUGUCGUUCUCUCUCUUUACUUUGCCGCUUACAAUGUGGGUUUGGCAAUUGGUGCCUCCGUUUCUGGCGCUGUUUGGACUAACCUUAUGUAUAAGGAAAUUGUCAAACAGUUUGAGAAGGCUGGAAUUGAUACAGCACUUGCAACAUUCGCCUAUGGUUCCCCAAUUGGAUUCGGAGGGUUCAUUGAAACGUAUACAUGGGCUUCUCCUGAAAGAAUACCAGUUGUAUUAGCUUAUGCUCACGUUCAAAAGAUCCUAUGUAUAGUUGGACUUGUUUUGGCUUUCCCGUUACUCUUUUCAACAUUCUUUUUAAGAGAUCACAAACUUGAAUCUGUACAGAGUCUUGAAUUAGCUCAUGAAGGUGGUAUUAGGGAAAAUAAUGGAGAAAUUGUGGUAAAUAACUAUGACGAUGAUUUCUUUGUUAAGAAAUUCAAGUCUAUAAUUGGUAGACAUUAAUAUUUUGUGAAUA